AUGAACACGACGACCUAUAUCGACGAUUGCCGACCCUUACUGUUCAACGUCUCUUCCAAUGGAUUAUGGGAGAAUUUAGAGUCACCCGAUGUGAUAUUUGGGUUUUCAUUGCCACUCAUGGAGAUUCAGAUAUUACUCAUCUUCAUAUCUGUCGUCAUGACUCAUAUGUUCCUUAGAUAUAUCGGCAUUUCUAAGAUCGUUUCCUAUAUGAUCGCUGGUCUGAUUAUGGGACCUCAGCUAUUCGAUCUUAGAGAGAAGUCAUCAGGGAAACUAUCACUGGAUCCUAUGUUGAAUGGAAAUGCACCUUUAAGAAGCUUCUCGGCUUGUGGAGCCAUUAUGUUUACAUUCCUGAUGACCUUAAAAACCAGUCGUCGAGUGGUUUUCAAUAGCGGACCGUUGCCCAUUGUGAUUGGGAUCUUGACCUUCAUCGUUCCUCUCGUUGUAGGCUUCUUUUUUCGGAACAUCCUCACUGAUAACAUCAGCCAUCACAUCCCGAUAAAAAAGGGUCUCGCCGAGCGCUCCGUGAUCAUUGCAACACAAUCUUCGAUUCUCUUGCCAACCAUCACCUAUUUCUUGACGGAACUAAAUAUCCUCAACUCCGCGUUUGGUCGCCUUGCAUUGUCUGCAUCCAUUAUCAAUGACAUUCUUGGCGUUUCUUUCAUUGUACUUGCUUAUUCUCUUGGAACAUACAAGAACAUCUCCCACUCGACCGCCUACGUUGAUCUUAUCGCAAUGAUCAUGUUCUUUCUCUUCGUUUUUUUUGUUGUUAAGCCGGCUGUUGAAUGGAUUAUAGAACAAACACCGGAAGGCAAACCUGUGGCGAAUAAGUAUAUACAUGCUGUUAUCUUAGCCGUACUGGGAUCUGCCGUUUACUCCACGGGCUUCCACAUGAAAUCCCUCCUAGGACCAGUCAUGAUCGGCCUCGUUAUACCAGAAGGUCCACCUUUAGGAUCUACCUUAGAAAAUAAGUAUGAGAAGCUCACGUUGAACGUGUUCUUGCCAAUCUCCAUCGCUUUCAGCACGAUGCGAUGCGAUAUUAUGAGGAUUGUCUAUCAGCUAGAUGAAAUCUUAUACAACAUCUUUCUUAUGGUACUUACAAUCGUCUUGAAAAUGGUUGCGGGUAUUGCACCUUGCUUGUACUGCAAGUUACCUCUCAAGGAGUCUAUAGCUGUUUCCAUCCUCUUGAGCUGCAAGAGUUUCCCAGAAAUCUUUCUCUAUGAAUCUACAUUAGAUGAUAAGUAUAUAUCCCAAGCAACAUACUCGUUCUUGAUCUUUUACACGCUAAUAAACUCUGGGAUUGUCCCGGUAGUCAUAAGGAGUCUGUACGAUCCAAAGAGAAAGUACAUUUGUUACCAAAAAAGAAACAUCUCGAGUCUGAAACAAAACUCAGAUCUUCGUAUUCUAACUUGUGUGCAAAAACCUGAGAACAUCUCUAGGGCCAUUGCGUUCAUCCAACUAUUAUCUUCACCGAACCAAGAACACCCCAUCAUGGUCACGGUUCUCCACCUUGUGAAGCUCGUGGGACAAAUCGUCCCGGUCUUGAUCUCGCACAACAAGAAUUCGAAACAACGGAUCAAUAACUCCUACAUCCAUACCGCAAACCUUGCCUUCACUCAGCUCAUCAAGGAAAGCUUCGAUUCAACGACUAUGGCCAUGUUCACAGCUCUCUCGCAUGAGAACCUAAUGCACGAAGACAUCUGCAAGCUCGCGUUAGACCAGACAACGUCGAUGAUUGUUGUCCCGUCUGGAAGAACAUGGACCAUUGAUGGGGCGUUCGAGUCAGACGAUGUGGCCAUAAGGCGUCUCAACAUCUCGCUACUAGAACGUGCGCCAUGUUCUAUUGGGAUACUCGUGGAUCGUGGAAAGCUCUUGCGUAAAGGCAAGAGAAAGGACAUCAUCAAUGUAUGUGCGAUAUUUAUUGGAGGCAAAGACGACCGUGAGGCAUUGUCGCUAGUGAAAAGGAUGAAACAUAACCCAAAGGUCCGUGUGGCUGUGGUUCGACUAAUAUCUAACCGCGAAACAGAUUCGACGACCUGGGAUUACAUUCUUGAUCACGAGGUUAUAAAUGAUUUAAUGGAUUCAGAGACAAGAAACAACAUUGCAUAUACUGAGAGGACUGUCACCGGUGGUCCUGAAGUGGCAACUACGGUUCGAUUGGUCGCAGAAGAUUAUGAUCUUAUGGUGGUUGGAAGAGAUCAUGGAAUGUCACCACUGGACUUUUCAGGACUCAAAGAGUGGAUGGAACUUCAGGAGUUAGGUGUCGUCGGAGAUUUGUUGGCGGUUAAAGACCUUAGAUCUAUGGUCUCUGUUUUGAUAGUUCAACAACAACAUCAUGCAUGA